AUGUUGAAAGUGGCCGUGUGCAGCGCCACUUGGCUACAAGUCAACUCUACUACUAUGGAAGAGAGAGCUCCAGCAGAAGUCCAUGUAGCAAGGACUCUCAGAAGAAUUCGACAAAUUAUAGCUGAUGCUGUAAGAUCAUAUGAAUAUUCGAAGAGUAUAGAGUACAGUUCACUGUAUAUGGCUAAGACAAAUUUAAGGAGAAUAUCUACUGAAAUAUCAGUAAAUACUUAUAACGAACUUUUGGAAGCUAUAGAGGCUUUAUUUUUAAUUCCAUGUGAAGGGCAUCAGCAACGAGGUUAUAUUGCACCCAGAAUAAAUUCAAACAGAAAAGGUCGUCCUGCUGUUGAGUUGAAUGAAGGACAAUUAACUUUAUUGUACAAUGAAGGAUAUACCGCUAUUAAUAUGGCAAAUCACUUAGGUUGCUCAAAAAGUACCAUUUAUAAAAAGUUACGUGAAUUAAAUAUGCUCAUGCGUGCGCGCUUUUCACAAAUAUCAGAUGAUGAAUUAAAAAUAACUGUUGCACAAAUUCAUCAAGAACAUCCCAGAGCUGGACAUAUAAUGAUGCAAUCGUAUUUAAAGGCAGCAGGAGUUUUUGUGCCCAGACAUCGAACAAGAGAAACUUUGAACGCCAUAGAUCCAAUUGGUGCUGCGAGUAGAUGGAGCCAAGCAAUAAGGAGAAGAACUUACAAAGUAGCAACUCCAAAUUCAUUAUGGCAUAUAGACGCACAUUUAAAACUGUCAAGAUGGGGUUUUGUGAUUCAUGGUUGCAUUGAUGGAUAUUCCAGAUUGAUAAUAUAUUUAGUAUGCGAAACAUCUAUUCAAGCAGAUCCUGUCGUCAAUUUCUUUGUGAAUGCAGUAAAUAGUUAUGGUCUUCCUUCACGAGUACGGUCAGAUCACGGAUACGAAAAUCUGCUUGUGGCCGUUUUAAUGAACACAAUUCGCGGCAUGCAUAGAGGAAGCCACAUAACUGGCAAAUCGGUUCAUAAUCAAAGAAUUGAACGAUUAUGGGUCGAUGUCUUUAAAGAAGUAUGUGAUUCUAUUUAUACUGAAUUGUAUUCUUUAGAAGAUCAAGGUUUAUUAGAUAUUGAAAACAACACGCACAGAUUUUGUGUACAAUAUAUUUAUAAAAAUGUUAUUAAUAAAAAGCUAUCAUCAUUCCAAUCUGCAUGGAAUGUUCAUGGUUUAAGAAUGGAAAAUAAUAAGUCUCCACGGCAACUGUGGUUGAAUGGAAUAUUGUAA